AUGGAAACAAAGUAUGUCGUGUGGCAGGAUCUUUGGCAUAUCACUGAAAUGUCCAAUCAGGGUGAGCUGUAUGAGAAGUCCUGGAUUCUGUAUCACAUCCUAAACAGAUGUAUAGCGACGCGAGAGAAUGUGACUGUCAGGAGGAGACUGACAGUUAUUAAAGAGCAACUAAGGAGUUCCACAGGAAAUAAACGAUGUGGUUGUCAGCUAGUCACUGUAGGGGAUAAAACGUCUGCUGACCCGUUCCUACAGUGGAGGAUAUCCUUCGUGACUGCGGAAAGGAAACUCAUGUAUUCUUUAACUCAUGUCCAGUUUUUAAUAUAUGGACUUCUUAAGUUCUUCCAGAAACAGAUAUCUGGAACGUUGGAACAAAUGUUAGACGAAACAGAUAUUCUGUCUUCCUAUAUUAUAAAAACAGUCAUAUUCCAUGCAGUAGAGAGCACAAAUGAAUCAUUUUGGCAGGAAAAACAUACUUUUCUCUGUUUCAUGUUUUGUUUGAAGAUUUUAAUCAAUUGGGUGAAAGCAGGACAUUGCCCAAAUUACUUCAUUAAGAACAACAAUAUGUUCCUUGGCAAAGUUCAGGGUGAAAAUCAACAGAAACUUCUUCAUUUUCUCAGUUACCUUCAUGGUAUGAAUUGGGGAUGUCUCACAAUUGGAACAAUCAUACAACCAUCCAUUGGAGAGAUUUUCAAUCGUGUGAGGAAAAGAGCAUGUGCAUAUAUACUUUCCUUACCAACUCAAUCAGAACUUAUACGUGACUUUGAAAUAUUUUCAACCGUAUUUUAUUUAAACCAAAGUUCUGAUAAACUUCCUCUGACGUUGGAACUCCUUUCAGCAUCAACUUUGGACUUGGAUGAAUUUCUAGGUUACUUUGCUACGGUUAGAGCACUAUCUAAUACAGGGUUGAAGACAUUCGAUAAACACGUCACUGCAAAAGGAAAUAAGGAAAAGUACAAAUCUCUCAGGAAAUGCAAGAACUUAUUAAAACCGUUUGCAACAGUGUCCACAAGUCUAAGACUACUAAGCAUGGCAACAUUUUACUACCAGACUGGAAAUUACAUGAACACACUGGAAAUAUGUACUCAUAUCAUCUCUUCAUCCAAACUGUAUCUUGGUAAUAUGUCAAGCUGUAAAUAUAGGGAUAGGUAUAAGCAGCUCUAUUGUGGACGUGGGUACAACCUUCUAAAAAAAUGCCAGGCAUUUGUAUCAGAUAUCAUGUUUAGAGGAGAAGCUCAACAGUUCUGUCCAUCCCAGUUACACCCGGAGAUUUCAAAACUUGCACAAAGAGAUUCCAUUCGAAUCCCUCCACUCCCUUAUGCCGUGUUCCUGUCUUUCCUAUGUUACCAUGAACUUGGAGACACAAGGAGACGUGACAAAUCCUUGAUUGACCUUCGGUACCUGAAGUAUGACGAGGAACAGGGAUGUAGUAAGCAUUGGAUAGUCCACAAUCUCUUGGGAAUAUGCUAUGAAAUGGUUGAGGACACACGCAGUGCUCUCAGGGAAUACACGGAAUCUCUUAAAAGUCAAGGACCUGAUCAACAUCAGAACGCUGCCAAGGAGAGGAUAGAACGUUUACAGCACUCACACAUAUAAACACUUCUACAGCGUAACCAAUUUAAUACUCCUACACAAAGGAUAUAUCUGAACAUAACACUUUACUAACGUUUAUGUGAUACUGAACCAGCCAUACCAUGUAAACAUUAUCGCAUUUAAAACUUUGUUGGAUUUCUAGCUUCUUAACAUCUGUAUUGUGAUAUAUUAAUAUCGGUGACCGUUCAGUUGCUAGAACGAUGAAUGUGAUUUCCUGAUGAAUUGCAGUGGUGAAUUUGACAUCAAUUUCCACCUGUUAUUAGAAUCAAAGAAAACUAUUUUGUUCCUAAACCUGUAUUAACAUUAUUUUUGCAUUACCACGAAAAAGAUGUUCAUG